AUGAGUGUCCAAGGAGAUCCCUCAAAGAGGACUGAUUCUAAGUAUAAAAUUGGCAAGGUCAAGCAGACUCCAUCAGUGUUGAAAGAUGAGAGAACCGGAUUGGACUACAUUGAACUUAAACUGAGACAAAAUGAGCAUGUCUAUGGGUGCACUGUCUUCCAGAACCAUUACAAAGAGGACAAAAAGCUUGGGCAGGGCACUUUUGGCGAAGUUUAUCGUGGCGUUCAUUUAGAGACUCAACGACAAGUAGCGAUGAAAAGAACUAUUGUAAAGGCUGAGAAGGAUCUCUUCCCCAUAACAGCCCAGCGUGAAAUUACAAUUCUCAGAAAACUCAAUCAUAAAAAUGUCAUCAAACUCAUAGAGAUGGUAUACGACUAUCCACCAUCGAACUCCAGCAACGGAGCCAACGGUCCGUCGAUGACAUCCACAAGUCAGCCCAGAUCCUUUUACAUGAUACUGCCGUACAUGGUUGCUGACAUGUCUGGUAUUUUGCAUAACCCCCGCAUCAAGCUCGAGAUGGGGGCCGUCAAGAAUAUUCUUCUGCAAGUCUUCGAAGGUGUCAACUACAUUCACUGUCAAAAAUACAUGCAUCGAGACAUCAAGACAGCCAACUUGCUGAUAGAUCACAAGGGCGUGCUGAAAAUUGCCGAUUUUGGUCUUGCAAGGAGCUACUAUGGUGCUCCUCCAAAUUUGAGAUUUCCUGGCGGAGCCGGAGUUGACGCCAAAUACACAUCUGUUGUUGUCACCAGAUGGUACCGGGCACCAGAGUUGGUCCUGGGAGACAAAAACUACACCACAGCUGUGGAUAUGUGGGGAAUAGGCUGCGUUUUUGGAGAAAUCUUCGAGAAAAAGCCUAUCUUGCAAGGGCAGACCGACGUGGAUCAGGGACAUGUCAUUUUCAAGCUUCUAGGUACACCCAAUCAGGAACAAUGGCCACUGGCUCACUACCUACCAGGUGCUGAGCUCACGAGAACAACUUACACCUCGAGCUUGCGUGAAAGAUUUGGUCCAUAUCUGAAUGACUCAGGAUUGGACCUUUUGAGUCAGCUACUGUGCUUGGAUCCAUACAAAAGACUCACGGCUAUGGCUGCCAAGAACCAUCCGUUUUUUCAAGAAGAGCCAUUGCCAGAUGCAGUUUUAAAGCUGCCCUGUGAAGAAUGCCACGAAGCGGACAUCAAGCGCUACAAACAAGAGCAGAAUAGGUCAAUGAGUCAGCAACCUCCUCCCGCGCCACAGGGCCACGUCGUUGAGAAGCCCGCUUCACUCACACCUCAAGUCCAAAAGUUGCCUAGAGGUACAAUAGGGCAAAAAGGGCAACAUACAAGCCCUGUGGCGGGCGGAUCCUUUAACCCAAUCAAACGCAGUGGACCCAGACAGAGCCAACAGCCAGGCGGCCCGGCUCCAAGACAUCCUAAGAACUUUGGGCAACCAGAGCCUCCCAGAGGUAGUCGCUACGGGCGCCCCCCUCAAAGUUCCACGGGUGCUUUUCGCGGUGGAGCGACAGGCAGAGGCGAAAGCCGUUUCAACAAUAGUGCAUCAAGAAAUCGGUUUCACAACAACCAGCGAGGGCUGCCCAGUGCUCCCGCUGCCGUUGUAGACCAGCAACGAGCGAUUCACGACGACCGUGCAGUCUCUGGGCCUUCAAAACCAGAUGUAUAUUCUACGAACUCGAGGUAUGCUCGAAACGGUAUUGCGUCAAGAGACCGAGACCGAGACGAGAGAGUGCACGACGGUCUUUCAUCUCAGUCUGAUGCUAGUGGUGGGAAUAAUCCGAAUGAGAUGCCUCUGGGCCGCAACGGGAAGAACAAGCCAUUUCUGCGACAGCAAGCCACGGCUAACGAAGCCAAAAGCGGCGACACACACACAAAACAUUCUAAUGAAAGCGAACAACAGCCCGCACACCCCCGGCAAACUCGCCAAAGCUACAAGUCGGCUCGAGAGGAUAUUGCAGAUUUAUAUUGA